GCCCCCCGUCUCACCUAUCGCAACCGCCCCAGACUGGACCAACACCCCCGACUCUGUCCUCUGGUUCUCACACCUCCGCCUCACCAUCUCGAGCAUCACCUCGCGCUCCAUCACCAUCAUCAACGAAGCUCUCUAAGUUUAUUAAAAGAUUGAUGAUGACCAUAUUGAUCGCUAUCUCCACCUGCAACGCUCCCUCAGAAGGCUGCAGCGGUGGUGGGAACACACUUUCAUCGUCGAAACCCAGAUGACCAAAGAGUACCUGCGUGAAAUGGAGGGGAAGUUGAUGGAACUGGGCAAGGACCUUGAUCCUAGGGAUAUGAUUGCUGAGCCGGAGGUGCCCAUUGCUGUGUCGAAGGAGAUGAGGGAGGUGAGGGCUAAGGCGAGGGAGGUGCUGCGUGAGGGAGCAUAUAUUGCUGGACUGGUGCAGGAGGCUUUGAUUCGGUUGCGGGAGUUGGAGGAUGGUCAGGUUGGUCAGGAUAUGUUUCCGAUUUUGCCGGGUUACAGUGAUGUUCUGCCUUGGGCUUGACGUUUGGAUUCGGCUCGCUGGAUGGGUGGGUUUUGCGAGAAGAGCUGAUUAUCAUGAUGCUGAUUUACUAUAUUUGUAUUAAGCACAUUUAUAUCUUAUUGACA